CCUUUAAUUUUGACAUAAAUCAGCUGAUUUUGUGGUUAUGUCCCUUUGUUGGAAACGUCAUCAUGGCGGGCGUCGAGGCGAAAGUUCUCAAAUGCAAAGAUUAUUUACUUGCAGACUUGGAUGAUUCUAAGUUGCUGUAUGUAUUAAAGAAACUUUCGCAGCUCGACAUUACGAUUGACAUUUUACAGGACACUGGUAUUGGUAAAAUAGUGAACACUCUAAGGAAGAGAGAUGGAAAAAUUGCUGAAAGAGCAAGAGAGAUCAUUCAUAAAUGGAAAGAAAUGGUUAAAGAAGCUAGUAGACAACAGGAAGAGGAAGAAGACAGACAAAGUGACAAUGUUGAAUCUCAAAGUGAGGCUGAACAGUCAGCCAAUGAAAAUGAACAACAUGAAAGCGAGGCUGAGCAUUCAGCCAAUGAAAGCUAUGCUAACAGAAGGGGUGAUCAUCAUAGAGGAUACGGAAGUGAGAUGGAACAUUCUGACAAGGAGCAUGUAUAUAGUGGUAAUGAAGAUGACAGAGUGAAUCUGGAAAGAUAUAAAAAUCAACGAAGAGAUUCUGAACAUUCUAAUUACAGUAAUGAAAGUGAAAGAUCUGCAAAUGUAAACAAGAAAGACUAUGAUUCGUCAGACUCAGAAGGCCAUUAUGUACCAAAUCACAUUCCACAUGAUAGAUAUCAGGGCCUUUCAAGUGAAGAGACAAAACAGCAGCAAAAUGUAAGGCGGUUAUCUGAAUCUUCUAAUGAAUCUGAAGAACAUCACUUGGAAAAAAAUAAUUCCAAUUCAAAAGAUGAAAGACAUAAAGAUCAACGUAAAGAUUCUAACUCAGGUUCAAACAAACAAUAUACAGAUAAACAUAAAUCUGAUGACAAACGUGAUAAACAUAGAGAGCAUGGUAAUCAGGAGAGAAAACCUAGUAGUUCUAGCAGAGUAUCUGAAAGUAGUGAAGAUAGACAUAGGUCAAAAGAUAGGCAUACAAAACAUAAACAUGAUUCUGAAAAAAGAGAAAGUUCUAGCUCUAGGAAUAAACAUAAAACUGACGAACAUAGAAAACAAAGCACUCAUUCCAAAGACAAACAUAAUUCUGAACAAUCUGAAUAUAAAAGCUCUGCAGAUGUAAAACAGCAAAGCCGGGCAAGUUCUUCUUCAUCUAGGUCUUCUAAAUCUGAUCUUCAUCAAUCUCAUGGUGACAGAAAUUCUGAGCAAAGAAAAGUAUCUAAGGAUGAUAAACAUGUAGCUAAAAACAAAGAGCUUAGUGAUAAACAUAGUGAAAGGCAUAGGGAGAGUGGUGAUAAACAUAGUGAUAAAUAUGGAAAAAGUAGUGAAAAACAUUCGGAUAAGGAAAGAGACCGUUAUGAUAAACAUGACAAACACGGUGGAAAUGGUAAGGAUAAUAAUGAUAAGCAUAGUGGUAGGCAUGGGAAAAGUAGUGAAAAUCAUAGUGCAACUCAUAAAGGUGAUAAUGAUAAACAUAGUGAAAGGCAUGGAAAAAGUAGUGAUACACGUAGUGCAAGUCUUAAAGACAGCAGCAAUAAACAUAGUGAUAGGCAUGGAAAAGGUAGUGAUAAACAUGAUAGUAUGCAAAGAAACAGUAAUGAUAAAAAUAGUGAAAAACACAGGGAAACAAAGAGAGAUGAAAAAAGCAUAGAUAGUUAUGAAAACAAAAAAGAAAAACAUAGUUCAAAGUACAAAGAACAAAAUCAUGCAAUAUAUGAUAAAAUUUCAUCUCACAAAAAUGAAAACAAGGAUUAUAACAAAACUGAAAAGAAAAAUAAAUACGAAAAACAAAGAAAAUUGUCAAGUUCAUCUAAUUCAUCAAGUUCCAGGUCAAGAUCAGUUAGCCAAGAAUCUUUAAGGUCAAGAUCACAUAGUAGGGAUGAAAGUAGGUCAAAUAGUGUAAGUGACUCCUCUUUAAAACAGUUUCAAUCAGUCACAGAUGAGUCUUCAAGUGGAGGGUCGUCUGAUGAAUCCUCAAGGGAGUCAGAAAUUCAUUCGAAGCAUUCAAGUAAGCAUAAUCAUGACUUGGAGGGAAAACACAAACAAAGUACUCAUAAAGAUAAGUCUGCAGAAAGAUUUGAAAAAGAUAGAAAUCAUAAAAGACAGUCAGAGUCAACUGAUGGAAAAUAUGGCCAUAGAGAUAAAGAGAAAAUUAAAACUUCUGAAACUAGAAGGGAUGAAGGUAGAAGUAAGAGUGGAAAAAUGGAGGAGAGAGGGAAUAAAGAGAAGGAAUUGCACUCUGGUAGGAGCGAAAAGCAUUCUGAUAGAAGUAAAGAAAGUCACAGAAAGAGCAGGCAUGAUCUAUAUAAAGAUAAGGAAAAGUAUAGCAGUAAUUCUGAAGAUGAUCAUGAUGACAAACUAGAUGACAGUAAAGCUAAACAUAGGUCUGAAAGGUCUAGUGGACAUUCUGUGAAAGAAUCAAAGGAUAGUAAGAAGUAUUCUGAAACAAAGACUUCAGAUCAUCAUAGGGGUAACACUGACAAAAAUGAUAAAUCUAGAGAAAGCUCAAAGCACUUGGGAAACAUAUCAGAUAAGAAACAACAUGUUAGUAGAAGUAAAGAUGAGCAUAAUAGUGGUAAAGAGAAGGAUGCAAAUUCAGGAAAAUCUCAUAAAAGUUCUGACAUUAAAAGCAGUGAUAGCUCAAAGCAUACAAGUUCUAGUCACAGAAGUGAUUCUAAAGACUCUGAAAGAAGAAACAAGAAUGACAAAUCUGAUGUAGAAAAGAGCUCAGUGCACUCCAGAAGUGAAUCUGGACACAGAAGCUCAAGUAAAAACAAUGCCUCAGAAAGCAUCUGUGAUAAAUCCUCCAAACAUAGUUCAGGGAAUAGUUCAAAACAAAGAAGUGAUAAAGAAUCUAACAGUCUUACUGAACGUAGUUCAUACUCCGAAAAAAGCUCAAAAUAUAGUGAUAGAAACAACUCUCAAUCCAACAAAAGAGAAUCUGAUUCUAGAAAUGACAAAAGCUCAAAGCAUGAAAGGAAAAGAUCAAGAUCUAAUAGUAGCGAAGAAGCUAAACAUGAUAAAAAGCAUGACUUGAAAGGUAAAAAACAUGAGAAACAAAUCGAAGAAAAGAGAUCAAAGUCUAGCGAUCAUAAAUCAAAAUCACAUAAAAGUUCAAGCCAUAAUGAAGAAAGAAAACAUGAUAGAGAUACAAAACAAGAUAGCAUUAAGUCCAAACAUGCAAAGAACUGUAUUGAAAGUGAUGAUGACACUGAAAGUUUAUAUGUUAAUAGUGAAAGUUUACAUCCCAAAGAAAGUAAAACAAACAAAAUAUUUAGUAAACCAGGAGAUGUAGAAAAAAGAUCAAGCUCAAAACAUAAACGUGCAAAGUCAGAAAGUGGUGUAGAAUCAGGUCACCAUUCUGAUAAAACCUCAGGAGAUAAAAAUGAUGAGCAUGACCCGAAAAUUAAAAGCAGGGAUAAAAGCCAUAAAAGUUCACAUAAAGAGAAAACUGAUAGAGAGGACAGACAUUCCAAAAGUCAUAAAACACAUCAUAAACAGGAUGAUAAGAAUGUUUCUGAAGAUAAACAGAAAAAACGUGAUAAAGAAAAACAUAGUAGCUCUAGCUCAAAAAGACACAAGCAUAAACACGAUAAAGACAGGGAUUCCAAAUUACACUCAAAGUCAAGUAAAAAGCCAAGUAUGUCCGAGCCAAUGGAAUUUGAAGAUAUGCUAUGUUUUGAUAAUUCUGAUGCAGUCGUAACAGAAAAUGUUACAAGUCCAAAUAAAACUUUUGAAAAACCAACUAAAGAAGAACUUGAAAAGAAAGCUAAAUAUGAGGAGAUAAGAUCAAAGUUCAAGGUAAAGAAGAAGUGGGAAUCUAAAACAGAAGGGAUGGGUGGAAAAAUUGAAGGUGUAAAGAGAAAAGCUACAGAUGGGCUUGAAGGUCCCGCAAGUAAAAAACAGAUAAGUAAUGAUCUAGCUAGUUACCUCCCCUCUACCCAAGCUCACUACAGGCCUUGGAGAUACCAAGAGAUUCAAGAGAAACCAACUGAAGACAUGGGAAAUUAUCUGAUAUCAAGAAAUAAUACUAGAACAGCUGUGUAUUCUGGGAAAAAGCAAAAUAUGGUGACAGAGAUGCAUUCCCUUCAUGAUCUGUGUAUAAAGGUGUUACAAGAUAAUAUAGACUGCAUUGAUUAUGUAGGUGGAAUACCUUUCUACAUCAUGAAACCUGUACUGGAGAAAUGUAACCCUAAACAACUGUAUGAUUUAGAGGACUAUAACCCACACUUUCUGGAAGAUUCUGAUUGCCUAUGGAAACUACAUUGUGACAGAGAAUUUAAAGGUUUUAAGCCGGAUGAAAUGGAAAGCUGGAGGGAACUGUACCUGAGGAAAAUGGAUGAACGAGAAGAAAAAUUGAAAUCUAUCACAGCUAACAUAACAAAGUCAAUAAAGUCAGCAGCUCCAGUACGGAAAACCCAGUUAGCGUUUAUCGACCAUGUUGCUAAGCCGCCACGUGAAGUACGACGACAGCAGGCAAAGUUUGGAACAUCAAAUGUUAUAAUGAGUGGUGGUGAUGGGAAGAAACACAAGUUUACAGGGGUAGACAUGAUUGCCAUAGGGAGAGCCAAGCAACAAAUGGCUGAACGAGCUAAAAAAGCGCCUCUGAUGCAGAAAACUUUAUCUUUAAUGAAGCAUAGAAGAUGAGAAUGAAGAACAAUGUCUGAUGUUACAUAUAUUUAUAUACAACAAUGCCUCACACUUACUUUGUUACCAUGUAACCGAAUUUAGCCCGUCGUUAUAGCAAUGUUACAUUUCAUGUGUGAGAUCUUACAACAAAUUACCAAAGAAUUACAUGACUGUGUGUUUAUAGUCACAGUGUCAUUGACCGCGGAACUUCGGCUUAGUGAACUGAUAGUGUACAAGUAGUUAACACCUCAUUUUGGUAGCAUAUAAUUUAGUUUCAUUAUAAGCCAGGGACUUUAAAUUGGUUAUGUCAAGUUCUAUGUAGUUUAUGUUAUAAAAAUAUUUUUGAAAUACUCUCAAGGUUUGUAGAGCAUGAUAAAGGUCUUCAAAAAGUUGAUUAGAGGACUUUAAAAGACCAUAAAUUAAUACUGUCCUUAAAAGACCUUUAAAAGUCCUUAAUUCCUAUGUUUGGGGUCUUUUACUCUUUAAAGGAACUUCACUUUUUUUUGUAAUUUUUGUUUGUGCCAUAUAAUGUAGGUCUGAACUAAUAGCUUGUGUUCAAAAUUUCAGAUCAUUCCGCUUCUUUUUUUUUCCAAAAAUAUUAUUUUAAUUCAUGUGGAAAUAACCUGAAACUAAAAAGCAUUUGUAAACACUUAGAGAUCAAAUCAGUUUAAAAUUAGCAAACAAAUAAGAUUUUCAAAUCAAUUCUGAUCGAUCUUUGGUAUAUCUUACUAUUUUAAGUGCCAAAGUUGAUCUAUGUAAAAACUUAUAAGUUAAUGAUUUUAGGCUUUUCGACCUAAGUGGAGUUCCUUUAAAUUAGAUAUAGAAAAAAAAAUGUACAAAAGUUAUUAGUCCUGAGAAAGUUCUUUAAUUUAGAACAAAGUUUUUUCUGUAUGAACCUUGAUAUUUAAUAAAUCAUUAGAGAAAAUCUUAUUGAGAUAAAGGGAGGUAAUUGCUCUCCGGAUGUUGGACAUGUCACUUGGUAUUUUUUGCACCCUAGCAAUGAAAUGACUGAAAAUGACUUAAUUUGAUACUUGUUUGAAUAUGACCUUUGAUUUUAAUUGACAUACAGAAUGCAAAUGCAAUGCUUAAUUUCAAAAAAAAAAAAAAUUUAAACCGAGGCAAGUUUGCUAAUGUGAUAAUUGUUUAAAAUAGGUUAAAAGUGUUUUAACAUCUAAGAUUUUUUGACAGGUUAUAUAUCCUAGGUUAUAUGGUUAAUGUAGACAAUAAUCAUUCAUAAAUGGUCAUAUAACCUGUCAAAAAUAUUUAUAUACAAUCUAUGAUAUUUGAAAUGAAUAUAAAAACUUGUGCAAUGUAAUUUUGACGUUACUAUUAUCUAAUGUUAAUUUUGGCUUCAAAAUUUGAAGUUGUUAUAAAUAUAUUUAUAAAAAAGUCUUUCUUUUGUUGAAAUAGCAUUCCACAUCUACAGAUGUAGGUAAAACUUGUUAAAUUUUGUAGAGGGAAAUUAUAGCUUUAUGUAAGUUUUUAUAUAUUAUAUAUAAACACUAUUGCUGGCUCUUUCAUAAAUUUAUAGGUCUUAAAAAUAAUUGUAUCUGGUCUUAAAAAUGAGUUUACUUGGUCUUAACAAUUAUUGUACUUGGUCUUAAAAAUGAUUGUACCUUGAAAACAAAAUUAUUGACUUCAUUGCAAUAUGAAUGGAGAAGCCUUCAUAUGACAAUGUAACUAUCAGAUAUAUAUAUUUUAGAUUGUAUUUUUUUACUUCUCUUGGAAUAUAAUAUGCUUUUGAAUCUUUGCAGUUUUAGGAUUUUCAAUUAUAUGAUGUACAUGUAUAUCUCACUCCCACCAUUCCUUUAAUUUUAUCAAAGUUUUACAGUUAAGGCUAGGCCAUCUUUUUUUCGGCUUCCAAUACUUUACAUACUAGUAUGAUAACUAGUUUAGACACACAGAAAGCAGUCUUGAUAACAAUUUUAGACAUCUAGGAAGCAGUCUUAUGGUGUGACAUAAAAGUUGUAUUUCUAGGUCUUCGAAAAGGGUUUAAAGGGAUAUGUAUAUGUCCCAAAAUUGACUGUUUUAUAUAUUUGUCACGGGGUUAGGCAUGGGGAAUAUAUGCUUAUAAGACAUAAUUCAUUAGAUUUUUUUUCAAAUUAUAGACAUUGUUGGUCUGCUUGCUGUGAUUAUUUCUGACAACUGUGUUGACAGAAUAUUAUUAUGUUUAUUGAAUUGGUUUAAUUCUUUUUAUAAGAAAUCUACAAACAUUUUAAAUGUCCUAGUUGGCAUCAGUGAUUAUAUUUUUCUAACAGAGUUAUUUGUUUUCAAACUUUUGUACACUUGUUUUUUUUGCAUAUAUUACAAAUAGAAGCUGACCUCAUUGGGUCACAUACGUAAGGACCUUAGCUUAUUGAACAAUUGGUAUGAAUCCCAUGAGCAGUGUUAAGUUUCUUACAAAGAAAUAUUUAUGUAAAUUUGUCAGCAAUCAAGGGAGUAAGAGUGGGUGGGUGGUUCUACUCGGGUGCCUGCUUGUGCCUGAAAUAAUGCAUGAUGGGGCAAGUACCGUAGGUCAUCCUCCAAUAUUAAGCUUGAAGCAGUAUUGAGCCUGGUCAUACUGCAUAGAUGUGUAGGCUCAGACUGCACUCAGUACUCACAGCAAAAGUUGAUACAUUUUUGUCUCAGCAGGAUAUAAAUAAGGAUUAAUUUGGAAAACAAAAAUGAAAUGUUUUGAUAGAUUUAUGAUAAAUUCUCCCAUAUAUUUUUAUUGUUACCACAUUAGAAUAUCUUACAACAAUAAAAAAAAGACCAAGUCUCUAUUGAUUUUUGUCUCUCUGACUUGUACAAAUGGGUGAUGUAACUUUAAAGGCCCAUAAAGCUCUCAGAAAUCACUAUAUUUAAUCUUCUUACAAGAAAGGUUAAAUACAUGAAAUAUGUGUUGAAUUAUGUUUGAUUAUAGAUUUAGAUUUUAAACAACUGAAAAACAGAAGUGUUGAACUUGCAAUAAUGUGGCUUAAAGAAAGCUAAAUGUAAACAAAGUAGUAUUUUGACUUACAUGUAUACGAAAUACAAAAUAUCUAUAACUUCACAAUUUUCCAAACAGCAAAAGAUAGUUCAUUCAUAUCAGGCCAAUGAGUACCUUUUUUGGAAACUGUAACAUGGCACCAAAAAUAAAAUGAUUUUUGUCAGAAAUAUAAAUUAUAGCAUUUUUUGGGCUUAAUGGGCCUUUAUGUUUAAUUUCAGUUAUUAACUUAUUCCAGUGUUAACUUGUCUAACAAGGCACACUGCUAGCUGAUAUAGCUUUAAAAUUAAUAUAAUAUUGAGUUUAUUAAUUAAUUUCAUUUAAUUUAUUUUGUGAAUUAUUUAAGAACUAAAUUAUUUUCAUGCAUGUAAGAAGUGCUUAGUUUAUUGUUGUUAGUAGGAUUUUGUUUGGCUGUUGUUUUCUUUUUUCUUUUCCUUGUUCAAUGUGACUUUCUAAAGGUUUAUAUUAAAUCUUAAAGCAACAUGCCUCCGGAUAAGUAAACAAAUGUAUAAACUGGAAGCAUAGGCCCUAAGUGGUUGAGAUGUCAAACUCUCAACCCAGGGGUUUUUGGUUGAAUACCACUAGGGGCACCGGCAGGUUUUUUAAAAUAAUCAGUCGUAUUUACUGGUUAGUUUGUAAAAAGCAGAUCAGAUCUCCACUUUAACUCUUAGCCUGUUAGUGACAAUGAACUCUACGAUUGUAUCGCAUUGCAAAUGAGCAUUUUUUUCCAUGCCAUCUGAUCAUGGCCUGCACUGUUACCUGUUAAGUCAGUACAUGUACUUAUUUUUGAAUUUUUCCUAAAAAUGAUAAAUGAAAUGAAUGACAGAUGGGCAAGUCCAUUUAAGAUAUCCAGCAUGAUUAAGGUUCAAGGCAUUUCAUUUGAGCAUGUAAAAUGUUUAUAAAUAUUUGUUUUGUUAUUUCUAUGCUAAUGGAUUUUUUUUAUAUUAAAAAAGCAUAACUCUGGAGGUAUGUUGCUUUAAAGACAGUCAUUCUAUAGUAUUAAUACUAUUUAUUAUUUAUGAGUUUUCAUCCACAACUAAUUUCAGCAAUAGAAUACCACUCUUUUUUUCAGCUUUUGUUUCUCUCCCAUGUUUUCAGUUUAAAAUUUGAUAUUUUGGGAACCCAGUGUUAAUAUUUUGUGAAUAUUUUUUUUUUUUUCAGUUUAGAUCAUUUUUGCUUUUAACAGAAUUCGAUUAUUUUUAUAUUCUAAAAUGGAGCAUUUAAAACAGCAUAAAAAGUCAUUUAAUUAAAUGCAUCCACAAAGACUAUAAUUAUAAUGUAACACUUAAUCAAAUUUCUAAAUUGAAAUUUGAUUUAAUAAGAUGAAUUGUUUGGUAGAAAAGACUUGCUUUUGCAAUAAAAAAAAAUUUGUUAACACUAUCUAUUGCUGUACAAUAUUCUUUUCUCUGAGCUAAAUAUGUGUGUGGGUUUUUUUUUUACUAGAACUUUGAAGAACUUGCUAUCAUGUCAUAGUAGACCUUAUAGUCUGGCCAAUUUUUCCUUUUGUUGUACAAGACCAAAUAGAUAGUUCCCAUUUGGUGCUCACAUUGGCAACAAGGGGAGGUAAUGUGUGUCACAUUUUCGUGACCAAAUUUUAGCAGUUUCAAAAUCCCUCAAGGGCAUGAUAAUCUGGUUGUAUACUAACUUGUAUACCAGAUAAUCUGGUUAUAUCAUAAACCUAUAUCAUUUUAAAGUUAUAUUAAGGUAAGAAUUCUUAAAAUCAUGAAUUUGUGGUUCAUCUUUUAGUGUGUAUUACAUAUAUAUGUAGAGAGAGAGGAAAAAUUUGUGUAUCGAAUAUGAUUUGUUUUUUGUUGUUUUUAUUUUUUUUUGUAAGUAAAAAUAUGUAUACAUUCUUUCCCUCUAAAAGUGGUUUCAAGAAAGAAAAAAGCAAGAUGAAUAUUUCAAACUUCACAAAGAUUGGCAUAUCCUUACUGUCACUGUUCAAGACAGAUAACUCUAGCAUGGCUUUUCAUUGAAUUUUCCCCGUAAGUCCAUCAAGUACCAAGAAUAGGUGAGCGAACUGUCAGAUUCCCAUCUCUUGUUUUUAUUUUGAAGGGCUUGAAAGAAUAACAGCAUGUCUUUCUCUGCAUUUUAUUUUGAUAAUUAAAUUGGAGCAUUUUUUUACUUGAAUAUAUUAUAUAUUGCAUGGUUUCUGUGAACUUUACACACAAAAAUACAGAUUUGCAGUGAUAAUUUUGCAUAAACUUUUAUGUAUGUGUUAAAUAUUGUGUUUUUAUAUAAAAAUGGUUGAUUGUUUUAAA